AAAAAGAAAGAAAUCAUAUUUUAACUGAAAGAAUUUCUGAAAUUUUAAUGGGAGAUGAACCCAUUACUCAAAAUCAGAAAGAAGAAUUUAAAUGCAAUUAUAUAAUUGAAAAAAAAACUGAUCUAAAAAGUCAUUUACUUCAAGAACUUCUUAAUAAGGAAGAAAAAUUAUGGAAUAAAGCAAAAUUGCCUCUAAAUCAAAACAAUUUUUAUGUAUUAAAUUUAUCACAAUAUAUAACUUUAGAAGAAAAACAAAGAGAAGAAGAAAUGAUUUUAGAUUUUGCAAAUAUGUGCGAUAUAUAUCAUGUGGAAUCAAGUCAAAACCCUAUAGAAUUUUGUAAUAAUGAAAAAAUAUAUGAAAUAUCACGUAAAAAAAUACAUUAUGUAAAUGAAAAAUGCGAAAAUUGUCAAAAUAUGCAAUUUAUUAAUACAAUAAUAACAAAUUGGAGUGAUUCAUUAAAUGAUAGUUCUGCAAGUGAUAUAAUAAUAUUUGUUAAAAAUGAUAAACAUAUUUGGGCACAUAAAUUAGUUUUACAUAUUCAAUGUUCAAAUAUGCUUCUUGAUAUUACAUCUAAUGAUACUUUAUUAUUUACUAACAUUAAGGAAAAAAUUUCUUGGACAGAUGUAUCUUAUAAUAUUGCUUUAGCAUUUUUGGAAUUCAUUUAUUGUGGUAUUAUAAAAAAGUAUUCAAAUAUUUUAGAUGAUUUAAAGAACUAUCCAUUUUUAAGAGAUUUAGCAAGAAAGUAUAAAGUAAAAGAAUUAUUUGUUUUUUUAGAAAAGAAACAAAUUAAAAUAAAAAGUCAAAUGGACAGUAAACGCGAGCAAGAAUGUAUUUCUAAGAAAAAAGAUAAUUUAGAAUUAACUAAUGAUGAAAUAUUAAAUUUAAUCAAUGAAAUUAAAGAUCACAAAUUUAAUGAUGGUAAAAAAUUAAAUAAAGAAGAUUUAGAAAAAAAUAUUAUAGAUAAAUCAAAAAUUGAAUUAAAAAAUGAUAAGUGUACAGAUGAAUUAUCGCAAAAAAUAGAUAAUUGUUUAAAUGAUACAAAUGCAAUUCAAAAUUCUAAUAUGUCUCCUGAUUUAUUUGAUGAUACAACACAAACUAAAAAAAGAAAAAAUAAAAAAACAAGCAUUAAUUCUUCUACAUCUGAAAAUAUUGGAAUAUUUAAAAAUAUUAAAGAAAAUAUAAACUUAUUGCCAAAUAUUCAAUGUUUUAAUACUCCAAAUAAUAAGAAUUGUAAUAUACAAAAAUUAAAAAGUAACCUUAGUAUAUUUAUUGAACAAGUUCAAAGAGAAAAUGCAAAAUCAGAUCUUGAUGUAAAUUCUGAAGAUUCAAUAUUAUCAACAAAUUACAAAAUAUGUAGAAAUCCAUUUAAUUUAAGACAGAAUGAUUCUUCUGAAUAUUGUAUAUCUCAAAAAAACAUUACAGAAAAAAAAUAUAAAACAAAAAAAGAUAUUUUGAUUGAUAUAUCAGAUGAUAAAAAUUCAAAAGUAGAUAUAAAAAUACAUGAAAAAAAUGAUACAAAUAUGUCUUUUAAUCAUGAAUUGAUAGAUAAUUCAUUAGUGAUAAAUUCAUCAGAAUCUAAUAUAGAAAAAUAUAAAAAUAAUUCAUUGUAUGAAAAUAUAAGUAAUAUAUGUAAUUUUGAAAAUGAAAAAAUAUAUUCCAUACCUAAAGAUUCAUUAAAGAUUCAUCAAGAAAAUAUGAAAAGUUUAGAAAAUUUAGAAAAUGAAAAUAAUACUUUUUUAGAUUUUGAUACAAGUGAAAAUGAAAUAUCUAUGUACUCAAAAUACAAAGAAAAACAUGAAAAUAAUAGUAUAGUAAAAUAUCGGAAUUUUGUAAAGGAAUCUAUAUUAAAAAAUAAUAUAAAAAACAAUGUAAUAUGUGAUAAAUAUGAAGAAAAGAAUAAUAUAGAUAAUGAUAUUUCAUUAUCAAACAUUAAUAAAAAUUCAGAAUUCAAAUUAAAUCAAGAAAAUAAUGUACAAGCAAUUGAAAGAAAUUCAUCAGUAGAAUCAAAUAUAAAUAAAUAUAAUUCAAUUGAAUCCUCUAUAUUAAUAUCUUCUAGUUCUGAAUUAGAUGAUGAAGAUUUAAAUAUGUAUAGAUAUGAAAAAACCAAAAAAAUAAAAAUAUUCCAUAUAUUGAAAAUUCUAAAGACAAUAGCCAAGUUUUUGAAAAUGAUGUUAUUUAGCAAAUGUUUAUAUUGAUAAUAGUGAUGAUAAUAUCACUACUUCGUUAUUCGCUAAAGAAAUAAAUCAGUUAGAACAAUUCCAAAACAGAGAAAAAUCAUUAACUACAAAAAAAUGUAAUAAAAAAUUUCAAAAGAAAUCAAGAUCAGAACAAGUUUAUAUAUUAAUACAAAAGAUAUUAAGAAUAAUAUAACUAGAUCUUAUAAUAAUUUUCAAGUUUGUAAUCAUAAAAGAGAAACAACUGCACAUGAAAUUAUUAGAGAUAAUGUUACACCUCCUCCUAAUUAUAAUGAUAUGAGAACAAGUGAGCUUCAAAAUUAGAUAAAUAUGGAUUAAAAAUACAGAAACGAAAAAGAGCUAUAAAAUUAUUAACAUAUAUUUAUGAUGAAUUACAUCCAACAAUUUAUACAUCAAAGAGUGUAGAAUCUAAA